AUGCAACCAAAAGCAAUCGGGGGUGAUGCAAUGGAAGUUCUUGGGGGUUCUGAGUUGUUGGAUGAUGUCGUUUUGGAGCUGAACCCGACCAAACAUCGGGCGGUUAAGUUCCGAUCUGAACGCCCACCCAAUAUCGUCGGAGAUCCCUCAAGCUCUGGGGGGAGGCUUUUGGUGGGGAAGGAUUCGAUGUUGCAGGAUACUCUUCCACCCAAUAUGGUGGACUAUGGAGAUCGAUUCCCAAGGGAUGAUUGGAAUCCGAAGCCGGUGGAGGAGGAUUCUGGGAGAGUUGUAGAAAUGGAGCAGGAUGGGGGGCCAUGGGCUUGGUCCACCAGUCCCUCUGAGUGUUGGUUCAGGUGUGUCCUUUACAUUAUUAUCAUAGUGUUAUCUAUGAAUUUACAACUUAUAGUGUGGAAUGUUCAAGAGGCGGCAUCUCCAAACUUUUUUAACUCUUUCCGUUUGUUGAUUAGUCAGUAUAGGCCUGAUGUUAUUGCGAUGUUGGAACCCCGAAUUGGGGGUAAGGAUGCGGAGUCUUUUAUUAAAAAAUCUAGGUUUGGUAGAUCUUUUCGAGUUGAAGCCCAGGGUUUCUCUGGGGGAAUAUGGGUCCUGUGGAAGGAUAAUGUGCAGUUGACGGUGGUGGCUUGUACCCGACAAUUGGUGCAUGUAAAAAUUAAUGAGGCAGGGAUUAUGUACUGGGUAACCUUUGUUUAUGGGUGCCCCAGACCUGCUGGUCGCCGGGAGCUUUGGAGGGACUUGCAGGGACUGUCGGGUAGGAUUGGGGGACCUUGGAAUGGGUCUGUGAGACCAGGACCUAAUCAGAGGAAACCUUUUAAGUUCAUUGCCUCAUGGCUACUGCACGAGGAUUUUGAUAGAAUGCUGGCAGAUAGCUGGGAUGGGGAAGUAGAAUUUGUUGAUGCGGUGAAGGCCACUGUUGGAAUCGGCAGUGGGCCUGAUCCCGGUGCAUUAGUUGGGCUGGAAAGCCCAGGAUUAUGUAACCCAGGAGGUUCAGUGGAAUUGGGCGACAUUCGUGAGGAUGGUAGAUUCACCACCAAAUCGGCCUAUAAUAUGCAGGCAGAUUUGGGAAUGAAUGAGGCUUUGGGAAGUCAGAAUACAGGUGGAGCAAGUGUUGAGGGCUUUAAAAUCCACCCGUAUGCUGGAGGUUGUUGGACCGUCAAAAACCUUGACCUUUGUUUCCUGGCGGCUGCCACCGGAAGGGACCAGGAUUCGAUUCAUAUUCAAGUUUGA